UUUUUAAUAUAUAUAUAUAUAUAUAUAUGUAUAUGUAUAUCCUAGCAAUUUUCAAUAUCGUUCUAAUCUUAAAGAAAUUUAAUAUCGAUUUUGAAAUGUUACAAUUCGGAGCACAUAUAGAUCUCUCUGUCUCUCUCUCUCUCUCUUUCUCUCUCUAUCUAUCUAUCUCUAUUUAUCUCUCUCUCUUUCUCUCUACUUAGCUAAUUCCUACCGAUUAGAUGUUAAAAAAAAAAGAAAAAAAAAACACACACACACUCACACAAGAAAUAAAGCCAGUCUUUCGUCGAACCGUUUUGUCGUCCCUCCCCUGAGACGUGUUCAGAACUCUUUCGCUUUUUAAUGCACGCGAUUAGAGACUUUAUUUUCGUCGAUGACGAGCAAAAUUUGUUUAUCGAUCACUGCGAUCACGUUUUUUCCUUUUUUUUCUUUUUUUCGUUUUUCCUUGUUUCUCUCUUCUCUUUUUUAUUUUAUUUUUUAUAUAUUUAUGUUUCUUUUUCAUUUCGAAGAGACUACGCACGAUAUCGAUAGUGCUUGUUUAAAUCAUUUCAAAUGUUUUAAUCGAAUCGAAUUCAAUGAUUUAGCCGAGAAUUUGAUUUUAGAUGAUGGAUUUCGAAAGACGAUAAUCCUUCAGCGAUAAAACACCAUCUUGUACACGAGCUUUCGAUUUUAUUGUCUUAAGAAAUAAGAAAAGAAAGGAAAUACGGCGCAGUGAUUUAAAGUGUGAACAUCGCGUAAAGAAAAAAAAAAAAAAAAAGGGGGGGGGGGAAGAGAAAGGAGAUGAUAAAAUACGUCCGAAGAAAGAAUCUGAGAUGAGAAAUCUGAGGAAGAAAUGGUCCAGGCGUAUUUUUCCGUUGCGAACUUGGCUUAACGUGCUUAGAGCCGAUAUAUAUAUAAUAUAUAUAAAUAAAUAAAUAAAUAUAAAAAUGAGAAUAAAUAAAUAAAAUAUUAUUUAAAUCGAUUUACACGAUUAAAGUCACAGCUGCGUUUAGGAAUCGUUCGUAAGGGAACGUUGACCGCGAAGGGCGAAUAAGAAAGGCGAAAGGGAUAAAAAAAAAAAAAAAGAAAUAAAGAAAGAGAGUAGAGAAAAAUUCAUGUCAAGUGCGAGUGCGGAUAUUUUAUGGUAGGCUUGUGAUUAAAUGAAAGAAAUAUUGCCGAGAUGAUAUAUCCAACCUGGGGGGGGAGGAAAGGAUGUAUAAAGAGAAGAAAUAUUGCUUUCCACAUGCAGAAUAUACUAUUGUAAUUAUGUCGUUAAUAAAUUGUUUUUUAUUUUAAUUUCCGCGUUUUCAUUUUGGCGCAGGUAAUGGCGAACAAACGAUAACACGAUAAGACACACUUGGUUCGAUUAAUAAUGCAUUUAGAAAGAUAUAGCGAGAAAUGCAUUUUCUUAUAAUCAUAGCGACAAGAAGUUUAGUCAUUUGCUAAGUACAAAGAGCCUACCACGCGACACGCUCGACUAGUUGGUGUUUAUUAAACGAUCUCGAAAAUAAAUGUAUUUUUGACGGGAGAACUCUCGUAGUGAUCUGUUAUUCUUAAGUAGUAAAAUUAGUGCAAUGAAUUUAUUAAGCAGACAUUUUGUCUUUUUCUUUUUUAUUUUUAAGAUUAUGAGAACUUCAAAGAAUGUGUAUCAGUUUUAAGAGCAAUUAAAUUUGGAGCCAAAACAAUUUAUUUGAGUGCUGCCAUCUCGUAUUUUGUAACAUAAUCCUUUUAUUGCGUUUUCUUACGAUACUGCAGAUACCGGUAAUCGUUAAAUAAGGCAUAAUCGGUUUUUACCGACUGCGAUUACCAACGGUCAACACCGGUUAUGUUUAUCGACGGUAACUAGAUGGCAGCACUUAAUUUCACUGGCCGGAAAUAUUUAAAUGCCGAUUGUGCAUGCUCGCGGCAAUGUACUAACGAGGUUAUGUUAUGAAACUUUUAAUAGUAUAGUAAUAUGCCUAAAAAAGUAAUUAUUGUGUGACUGUGAUAUUAGAAUUUCAUUAAAUUAUUAUUUCGUAUUAUUUUGUUGUGUAACAAACAUGUCAUUGAUCUACAGUAAAUUAUGCUCAACUAUUUUGGUAGAACAUUUUGGUCCUAUUGUACAGCGUGUAGGAAAUGAUCUUUUUAUACACGGUAGCAGAUCGUUACAUCUUAUUCGACAGAGUACUCGUCUUCCUCUUGUUAAGGUAAAGGAAUCCUUAUGCACUCUUAUUAAAUACGGACUUGUAAAUUAUUAUCAAAAUGAAACACGUACAGAAUAUACUUUAUUACCAGACAAAAUUAUUUUAAUGCUUCGAUAUCCAAGGUACAUGUUUUUUGUAAAAAAUGUAUGCGGAGAUCAGUCGGAGAUAAUGCUGGAGGAAGUGCUGAAAAAUGGAUCUUUAACCGCGUCGCAGACUAUAAUAAAUGCAUAUAAAAAAAUUCAACACUCUUCUAAUGCAUGCGGUAAUAUGCAACCAUCUGUAUCGUCUUUGAAAGAUAAUUUUGAUUUAUUAGUAAAAAAUCAAUUUCUUAUGCGCGAUUUGUGUACAAAUACGAAAAGUGACAUAGAUGAAAAGCCAAAUUUUGAUAUGCCACAAAUUAAUUUAAAAGCACUGGAGAACCUAAUUCAAGGAAAGGAAGAUGAUCCUAAUGACACUAAAAUAUACUGGAAAGUUAAUUUCGAUCGAUUUAUUCAGGAUUUUAGGGACCAGGUUAUCGUGUCAGCUAUACGUACAAGAUUCGAUGAGAAUGCUGGAGAGUUAAUGAGACAGUUACUUUUUCUGAUGUACUUGAGAACAGCAUCGUGGGCAGAUACAUCUAAUCCCAUUCCAUAUAUCGAAAUAAAAGAUGUAAUAAAAAAAUUAAAUUAUCCAAGGCUUAUACAAUAUCUGGACCAAUAUUUGAAUCUUAUCGAUGACGAUACGAGUCAAUUUAUAAGGCGUGUAGGAGAUUCGGGUGGCGGACAAUACAGUAUAAACAUGAAGGAAGCUUUUAAUCAAUUAGCGUGGACAACAUUAGAAAAUAUCGUAAUGGAACGUUUCGGAUCGAAAGCAGCCAGAAUUUUUCGAUUGGUACGUAGUAAAAAAUUUGUCGAACAAGAACAGAUUCAACAGUUAGCUAUGAUACCUGCAAAAGAGGCGAAACAUUUGACGUACACGUUGCUCCAAGAGAAUUAUUUGCAAAUGCAAGAAAUGAAAAAGGCUGGUCCUUCGUCAGCACCGACGAAAACAUUUUUCUUAUUUCACAUAGACUUGGAUCAGGUUGUUCAAAUGGAAAUCGAGCAUUGUUAUCACGCUUUGUACAACAUCAUGCAAAGAAGAGAUCACGAAGCGACAACUAAUAGGCGAAUGAUAGACAAACAGUUGCGCAUGCAAACGCUUACGAGCAAUUUAAAAGAACACGGAGCUACCGAAGAACAGUUGGCAGAGAUCGCCGAGAUGAUGACACCAUCGGAGAAACAGCAUUUGGACAAAGUGCAACACGUGAUUAAGAAAUUAGGUGCUACAGAAUUACAAAUAGAUGAGACUUUAUUUUUGUUAACUAUGUACGUGCGUUAUCACUAAAAUCGUAUAAUUUGUUUGUAAAUAUUCGAUGAAUAUCGUUAAAUAUUACAAAUUUAAUUGUCAUCUUGAUAAUUAGCGUAAGAACUUUUUAUAUGUCGUAUUGUAGAUAAUAUUUAAACAAAACAAAUUAAUCCAAGUUUGUAUUAAAACAACUUAAAUAAGAAACAAAUGCAUAGAGAUAGAUAAGUACGUGUAUGUAUAUCGAAAUAUUGUGUAAAAGUAAAAAGAAAA